UGUUUUUGCUAAGCUUAUUUUGGAAAUAUGAAACUUACAAAAACAGAGAAAAAUGAACCCAUCCCCAAAACUCUUCUCUUGUUCUCCUUUAGCAUGAAUUGAACUUUUUGCUUAGCUUUUGGAGAUCAAGAAAGUAUUUUGCCCCAACCCUUUUCGAUUUUUGUUCCAAAAUCAUCAUGAAAGUGAUUUUGUUAGUGCUGCACUUUCUGCUACUAUUGGAAAGCUGCUUUUCUGCUUUUAAUUUUCCCAUAUGGAAGAAGCAGUUAAAAUCUGGUUCUUCUCUUGUGUUCCCUCUAGCUGGAAAUGUGUAUCCUGUUGGGUAUUCCUCUCUUUCUUUCUAAUGUAUUAUCAAGUGACACUUGAGGUUGGCCAACCCCCCAAACCUUACUUUUUCGAUAUAGACACUGGUAGUGACCUAAGUUGGCUGCAGUGUGAUGCACCUUGUGCAAAAUGCUCCCCGGCCCCUCACAAUCUUUACAAACCACAUAGAAAUGUUGUCACAUGUAAGGAUCCUGUGUGCACGUCCCUUCACUGGCCUGAGAGCCAUCCUUGUCACGACCCUAAUGAGCAAUGCGACUAUGAGGUUGCGUAUGCAGAUAGUGGUUCAUCCUUGGGAGUGCUGGUUAAAGACACAUUUCUACUAAGAUUCACCAAUGGUAGCACUGCUGCUCCUCAUCUAAUAUUUGGUUGUGGUUACAGUCAAGAAGUGCCAGUUUCUACUCAUUCGCCUUUUACAGAUGGAGUUCUUGGUCUUGCCUAUGGAAAAUCAAGCAUCGUCUCGCAGUUGAGUGGCUUGGGUUAUAUCACAAAUGUAGUUGGUCACUGUUUGAGUGCGCAAGGUGGAGGGUUUCUUUUCUUCGGUGAUGAUGUUCUUCCCUCUUCUGGAAUUGCUUGGAGACCAAUAGAGCAAACAUCUUCGGAAAAGCACUACUCUUUGGGACCAGCAGAGCUCUUAUUUGACGGGCAGACCACAGGAAUCAAGAGUCUUCCAAUUAUUUUUGACAGUGGAAGUACCUUCACUUACUUUAGUUCGAAAGCUUAUGAUAUUUUUCUAUCUUCGAUAAAGAAAAACAUAAAUGCAAAGCAGCUGACUGAUGCAACGAAUGACAAAAGCCUUCCCGUCUGCUGGAGUGGUUCCAAGCCCUUCAAAUCUGUUAAUGAUGCCACGAUCUACUUCAAGCCAUUUACACUGAGUUUCAUGAAAGCCAAGAAUGUUGAAUUUCAGCUUCUGCCUGAGGCCUAUCUUAUUGUUACUGAGCAUGGUAAUGUAUGCCUGGGAAUACUGAACGGUACAGAAGUUGGAUUAGAAAAUCAUAAUCUGAUUGGAGAUAUUUCUCUACUAGACAAAAUGGUGAUAUACGAUAACGAGAAAAAACAGAUUGGAUGGCUUCCAGCAAACUGCAACAAGUUUCCCAUCAGUCGUGACCAUGGCGGAGAUUAUUAUGAUGCAUACCCUGCCAACAUAGGACUAAACAAAGGGACAUGCCCUGCGAAGUUUGACUCUUUGAAGCAGAAGCAGAAAUAAGGUGACAGUGAAGCUAAUGUGGCUUUGAUGCCAUUUUCUGUAAAUGUUUAGAGCAAAAAGUAUAAUUGACAAGUCAUUGGGAGUACAAAUAUAUUACUGAAAUGUUCCCUAUGACCUACACCAAAGUUAUUGGGUAUAUCCCAAAUACAUACAGUAGUAGAGUUCAGCCUACAUCACAAGAUCAUCUCCCAGCUUUGAGAUUUUGAGUCUCAGUUAGCUAUACACUUUGAGCCCCAGUUGUGUCUGCUUCUACUACAAGGUUUGGGCCAUUUACAACUGCAAUUGAGUUGCAAUUGGCGUAAUACCUGUCAGAAAUGGAAACUACGUAUUAGAUAUAUUGAAAAACAAUUUCUUGAGGGUUGUAUCUAAUAUUAGUGUAGUGUUGAAAGUUGAAACACAAUUCAUCUUUCAAAUAAAUAAUACUAGUGUUGCCUUUGACAUUUUUGGCUUCUUGAGAUCCUAAGUAAAUUUUCAUCUACACUUUAA